AUGGAGGUUGUGGAAAAUCCAACUACACCAGAUAACGAGAUAACUGUAAAGAAAAGAGAUACGCCUUCAAUUCAGAAGUUUGCUGUUCCAGUUUCUCAAUUGACACAAAACAACACACCYCKAAAGUCUAUUAAUAAGAUAACACCAAGGAGAGUUCAGUUGAUUACGCCUGAGCCUAAAAAUGACACCAGCACAAAGACAGCCCAGCAAAGUGACUCAAAUCUUGCCAACACAGCAACCAACAUGGUGAGUCYAGUSWCCACUGCCUCAACAAAUCAGAGUACCAAACCAUCACAGCCAGAAGGACAACCCAGCCAUUCAAAACCAAGGAGAGUACAGCUGAUAUCCCAGACGAUGACAGGCCAGCCAUUGGCAAACAAGAGUCCUCAAGUUCAGUCAGUACUGGGUCCAUCAGAAGCACAGACUAGUAAUCCAAAACCAAGAAGAGUUGAGCUUAUAUCACAGCCAAUUGCUGGACAAGAAACAGGUUCUCAAACUCAAACAGUGGUGUCUCAACCAGUAGUUAAACAACUAGAGCAAGAUGGUAGCCUAAUUAAGCCAAGAAGAGUUAACCUUAUAUCACAGCCAAUUGCUGGACAAGAAACAGGUUCUCAAACUCAAACAGUGGUGUCUCAACCAUCAAAGACUGGACAACAACUUCAAGCAAGUGUUGAUAGUCCUAAGACACCUGAAAUGGUCUCCAAACCAGCUACACAAUCUUCAGUUGUACAGAAUACUAACAAUUCAAAACCAAGAAGAGUUCAGCUAAUAUCACAGCCACCUGAAAGACAAGUUGRAAGUGUAAGCCCUCAAACACAGCCAAGUGCACAGUCUAUUAAUGAGCAKAAUYCUASCAACCAAKAGCCCAAAAAGMUAYWAGAAGMAYCACAGACAACAUCAAAAGAGAACUGUAGUCCUGRACCACAAAUCYAGGAAGACAAAUCGKAAGUUAAUCAAGGAGCAAAGGCUGAGUCAAUAGGYGAAAGUCAUAGACCUAGAAAUCCUAUUCCAUUGGAACCAGUCAAUUCGUCGCAUCUCAUUGGUUUAGCGUCAGAGCUGGAAGCCAAUCAGAGGCAAGAUAGUAUUUGGUCAUGCGUGGUGUGUCUUGCGGCGUUUUUGUCUUGUGUGGUUACGCAAGGUCUUCACGGAAGCUUUGGACUUGUUUACGUCGCACUUUUGGAUAACUUUGGACAGUCAAAGGCGGUAACAGCAUGGGUUGGGUCAGCGGCUUUAGCCAUUGCAUGUCUAUUCUAAAAAAAAGUAGGUGUACUUUGUAACCGAUACGGCUAUAGACGUGUUACCAUUGGUGGAGGCUUGACAUGCGCGACAGGAUUAUUCCUAACUGCGCAUGCACCUAAUCAAAAAAAAGUGUACAUCACCUAUACCAUAAUAUUCGGCUUCGGAGCCAGCUGYGAAAAAAAAUCGGCGUUCAUCGUCGUAACAGAUUACUUUUCCAAGUGGCGUUCCUAAAAAAAAGGAAUCACGUGUGCAGGGAGCAGCUGUGGUGUGUUGGUGAUGACGCAAAAAAAAUCGGCUCUAAAAAAAACCUACGACUGGGAGACAACAUUCAGUAUUCUCGCUCUCAUUGCCCUAAAAAAAAGUCUAUGUGGCUUYACAUAUGAUCCGAGCAUCCGCGAACACCUGGGAAAAAAAACAAACAAACCUAGUCUGAAGUCGUUGAAAUUAUUGGAUUUCUCGGUGUGGAAGAUUCCUAGUUUCAGCGUAUAUGCCUUCUCUUUGUCUGUCAUAGUCUUUGGUUACUAUAUACCGCGGGCUCAUUUGGCCCGAUACUGCGAGGACCUGGGUAUUAGUACUAAGCAAUCGGCUUGGUUUUACUUUUACGCCGGAUUGGCUUCGUUAUUCGGUCGGAUCAUCUUCGGCCAAGUCUGCAACUUCCGUAAAGUCAACCCAUUUUACGUCACACAGAUAACUGCGUCGAUUAUCGGAGUGGCUACACUUUUACUUCCGCUUGCGCGUGCGCCGUUGGCGUUCAUUGCGUACUCUCUUGUGAAAAAAAAAUUUGAUGGUGGUGUAAAUACUCCUACCGCCCUUCUUGUUUUUGAGUGUGUUGGACGUGAGAGGAUGGCUGCUGGUUGGAGUUCGUUCCUUUUUGCGACUGAAAAAAAAAUAUCAGCUGGACCACCACUCGCAGGAUACAUGGCAGAUUCAUUACAAAGCUACCACGCUUCCCUGUUUAUGUCUGGCGCUGUAAUUGUCGUUGGGGCAAUGCUGCUUUUCCUGCUCAAAUGUUUUCCUGUCGAUGAGAAGACUCCAGGCUCACCCAUUAAAAAAAAAAUUCUCCCCCCGUCCGACWUUAACAUCCAUCCAACAAACCUCUCUAACGGGACAAUCUCGACUAAUGUGUCCAGUUACAUGGUCAUGGUCGUUUGAAAAAAAUGUAAAAAGAAUAUUAAUAAAAAGAUUAAAAUUUA